AUGGCUAUUCAAUUUUUAUUUCUUAUAUCUAGACAAGGUAAAAACAGAUUAUCUAAAUGGUAUCAAACCAUUUCACAAAAGGAAAAAGCCAAAAUCAUUCGAGAAUUAAGUACGAUUAUAUUAUCUCGUCGAGCUAAGAUGUGUAAUGUAUUAGAAUAUAAAGAUAUGAAGAUAAUUUAUCGAAGAUAUGCUAGUUUAUUUUUUGUUAUUGGUGUUAAUUCAGAUGAUAAUGAAUUGAUUGGAUUGGAAAUUAUUCAUAGAUUUGUUGAACAAAUGGAUAAAUUAUAUGGAAAUGUAUGUGAAUUGGAUAUUAUAUUUGGAUUUAAUAAAGCUUAUUAUGUAUUGGAUGAAUUGUUAAUAGAUGGCUAUUUACAAGAAAGUUCAAAGAAAGAAGUAUUGAAAAGAGUUAAUCAACAAGAUGAAUUGGAGAAUAUGGAUGAAUUUGAAAAUAUUUUGACAUAA